UAUAUAUUUAGUUGCCAAAUUGCUGAGGAAGUUCGCCAUUCCGGGAAGUUCCGGGUAGAGCGAGAUUUCUGAGAAUUCCGCUUGCGCAGGCCGUGGGUGGGAAAUGAGGCAGGACAGGGGCGGGGACAAAACCAAGCUCAGCGGUUGCUAUUGCUUGCACUCUCUCCUGUAGCGUUUGAUAAAACCGCGGCCGAGAGUAGCAUGGCGCUCAGUGCCUCCUCGCACCAGAAUUUUGGAACUUUCGGUACAAUGCCAACACAAGGGACACCUGGAUGUGGAUAUAUACCCCCUCCGCCUUACCCAGUUCCUGAUUAUGGAGGUCAGCCAGUGCAGAGGAGUUGGAACAUUCCUUGCAUUUCAGAAAGUGAAGCCCAGGCAGCUUUUCUUGAGUAUGCUUCAAGUCACUGCUGUUACAGCAGCACGCCGGCCAGAGAGAUGGUGUUCGAAGAGCUGCAGGCUUUCAACACUUAUCGAUAUCGCUUGGAGACGUUCACAGAAUCUAGGUCUUUGGAAUGGAGGACUAAACCUUUUACAGGUAAAAUUGAAGUCCCUGUUCUCACAGCUGAAUUGCCUUGGAAUGUUCCAGUGGCUGUUCCUGAGAUGUUUGAAAACAACACCAAAGAAAUCAUAAUGCCUCACACAUCUUCAAUAAAGGAAUGCUCAGUGUGCAUGGCUUCAGGAAAAAGACCAUGCAAACAAUGUGGUGGCCGCACAAAGGAACAAUGCCACUGGUGUAAAGGAACUGGAGUCUUCAUUAGCGACACAUGCAGCCACUGUUCCGGAACUGGAUCAUCUGCUACUCCGUGUAUAGCUUGUUCUGGAAUGGGAACAGUAAAUUGCAGUGAUUGUAACGGACAAGGACGUUUGCUGACGUACAACGCACUGGUAGUUCAAUGGAAAAAUAACAUAUUUGAAUAUGUGGCGCAUCAAAGAAACGACUUUCCUGAUAAACUGUUCCAUGCAGUUACGGGACAGAAGUUGCUUGUUGAUGAACAUGAUAUGGUUUACCCAGUUAUAAAUUUCCCUGAUAGCAGCAUAAAUAAUGCCUCCAUGAAUGCUGUUGAGAGACAUCGCACUCAGUUUACUUCUACAUCACGGAUUCUGAGGCAGAGGCAAACAAUUGAGCAUAUACCUCUUACCAGAGUGGAAUACAGAUGGCGUGAGGCAGCCUUCUCUUUUUAUGUUUAUGGAAAUGAACGCAAGGUGUAUACAGAAAAUUAUCCCCAAAAGUGCUGCUGUACCAUCAUAUGAUUUGUGGCUCAUUCCAACCACUGCAGUAGAAGUGCUGCUGAUUAAUCUUUCAUUCCUCUCCACCAUUUUUUAAAAAGGUCAUUUAUUUCUAUUGUAAGACUUACAAAGGAUGGUGUCUCUAUAAAAAGGGGGACAUCAAGGACAGAUCAUGUAGAACCAGAAUUUCUUACAGAAAUUGUGCUGUAAAAUGUUGCAUGGCUAUUUGUUUGGUGCUCAUGUGCAAAAAGGAAACUUCAUAUUAUAGCAAGUGUUAUUUUUAUAGCCUCCAAAUUUGACCGUUAUCCAUGUGACAAAUGGCUUUUAUCAGUAUUCCUUAUGUUUUUGAGGUUUUUUAAAAAUGAUAUUUUGGCUUUUUGAUGUGUAUAUUUAGAAUGAAUACUAUAUUGUAUUGUAGUGCAAUCCACUAUUAGAAAAGAAAUCAGAUGGCAUAUGAUUUGUUAAAUGCACAGCUCUCUAACCUUUUAGAAUCUUGGGGAUGGAUAGCUAAAGCAGUGUGUUGAAAAGUGACGCUUAAGAGGAAUGACUGACAGGCCGGGCUGAAGAGUACAACCCAGUGAAGUCUAGGAAGCUAGAUGGAGAUGUUAAAACACAGUAAUAAACAGAAAAGUGGUCUGUUUAGAAUGUUAAAAGUAUUGAGAUAUUUCAAAGCUACCUAGUUGAUUUAUCAUGUCUGUAUGGUAUGUAUGUCCUAUAUUGUUACUGGGAAAAGUUUCAGCUUCUAAUGAUUAAAUAUUAUAGCCUCA